AACCUUGAACUUCCUUUUUGGGUAGCAAAGAAGCUCAAGACCAGAAGCAGACACCUGUUAAGAAAGAAAGAGUUCAAGCAGUAAUGUCAAAAAUAAAGCAGAGUCCUAAGAAGGUCAACUUGGUUGCUGCUUUGGUUCGUGGUAUGCUGGUUAAAGAUGCAUUGCUGCAAUUGCAAGUGACAGUAAAGCGAGCUUCAAGAACUGUAUAUCAGGGUAUUACUCAAGCCCAAGGAAAUGCCGUAAAUAAUCAUGGAUUGGAUGCAGAGCGCCUCAUUGUUGCCGAAGCGUUUGUUGGAAAAGGAUUAUUCCGGAAGAAAGUUUCUUACCAUUCCAAAGGAAGAGCCGGCAUCAAAGUCAAACCGGAAUGCAGGCUAACAGUUGUAGUAAGAGAAAUAACCGCUGAAGAAGAGGCGAAGAUUGCGAGGUUGAAGGUUCACAAUUUCCGCAAGCUCACGAAGCGUGAGAAACGGCUUGUGCCGCAUCAGCUUAUUGUGUCCAAUCCUGUUUGGGGCCGCAAAAACAAAUCUAGCGAUCGAAACUCGAGUGCCACUGCUGCAUGAGCUUCUUAAAUAUUUCAGAGUUUCAAAAUAGUUGUUUAAUGGUUGUGGCAUAUUCUUGUUAUCCAUCUUCAUGUGAUAGAAAUAGUUGUUAAGAAAUAUCCUGGCUAGUUUCACAUCGAGAGUAACUCCAAAUGUUAGGAUAUGUAUGGAGAAAUUUGUGUACCCCUUAAUUCUAAGGUGGUUACUCCAAUGAAGACAUUGUGAACUGUUAGAUAGUUUAAAGAAUAGGUGUCUUCAAAUGAACUCGCCUGAUAGAACAGAAUCAUAUAAUAAGCAAGGUUCUUUAUCAAAUA